AUGGACUACACAAAAACAUAUUACACGCAAUGUAGGCGCAAUAACGGUGGUAUAAGUAGUAGGUAGGCCCCUACUUACCUAUCGAUUCGAAAGUUUCAUAAACAUUUUUAUAAAACCAGCUGUAUUAUUUGUUAAUAUAUGUUUAUAGAUUUACUGUAAAUAAACGAUUGGGUUUUAAAGUAUAAUAUAUAUUAGAUCGAGUUUGUACAUUAUAAUAUUACCUAUACGGUUAUAAAAAAAUUCACAAUUGUAAUUCGCCUUUUGAGGUACUUUAGCGCCUAUCUAUUAGACGUGUAGCAGUGUCUAGUAAACGUGAUUAAUAAUUUCACGAUUUAGUAAAAUAUUUCGACUUUGAAUACUUACAGGAUUCAUUCAAAUAUGUUUGAACCUACAUGGCUACAUAUAUAACAAAAGGGAUUGUUGUUCACCUGUUUGUGUGUGCGGUCCACUGCCGAAUCUAAUGUAAGAAGUGUUCCGAAAGCAUACAGACACAGGCAGAUGAACGGUCCGAUUAAUUCUUCUUUUUCUUUUCAACCUUUUUAAGGCUUAUAAAUAUAUUUCUGGUGUUGCUGUCAAUGCUGGUAAUGUGCAAAAUAGUUUAAUUAAAAAAUGUACACGUGGAAAAUCAUUCUUCAGUCAGCUCAAAAGUACUUCUAAUCCGCUUUUAACGUUAACAUCUUGACUGGCUAUUUUCAUUUUCCACAUUUUAAUUUUAACAAAAGUAUUAUCGCUUUCAACUGGUGGUAAAUAAAACUCAACUAAAUUCUCAAAUGCCAACUUUUCUGAAUCUGUACGUGUCAAACUGAAUAAACAUUCGCUUAUGAAACCUGUUCGCACCUCAAAUAUGCUCCUGAUUUAAAUAAACUUAAUUGUUUGUUAAUUUUAUUCGUAACUAUAUUAUUAGGAAAAUUACUAUUUUUGAAAUUAAUAUCGAAUGAUAUCCCUAUGCCUUUGGUGAUUGAUAUAAUAUUGAUAAUUUUGCGGUCAGUCUUCGUGCCCCUGUCGUUUUUCGUGCUACCGCCAGUCAUAUCGUUCAAUGCGUAUAUUGCCAUAAUAUCACGCCUCGUUAUCCUGUUUUGGAAACCACUGCAUGUUAUCAACAAAUGUUAGUGGUCAGCGGAAUUUAAGUAAAUAUUUUCAUUUAUCAAUACAAUUUUUUAAUAUUUUUUUGUUUUAGUUUUAAUUUUUCACUCAUCACUUUAUGUUAAUUACUGUUUUGUUAUUUAUUGUAUCGUUUUAGGUAUCUGCUUAAGUGUUAAUUAUUUAUGCAAUUUUUUAAAAUAUUAUUUAUUAAAUCUACGCCAACGAAAUAGUAUAAGAAAUGUUCUAUUGUUUGAUAAUUAAUUAUUAACUGAGAUAAUUGUUUCACAUCACUCGUUUUCUUUGGUAUGUAAUUACUAAUUAGUACUGCUGUUACUAUAGUUUAUUAUUUUAAUCAUUGUUAGUGUUUUAUGUUGACUAUGACAACAACUUGUUGAAGGUUAUUGUUUAUCUGUAUGAUUUGAUGCCAUAUAAGGUGGUAGAUAAACAUUUUUUAAAUUUUAAGACAUUUAAAAUUUAUUUUUCAAUUGUUAACUCUACAUAUUGUAAUUAAUUAUUGAAAUUGGAAUAUAAUAAUAAGUACAUUUAUUUGUAAAAUAGAAAAUACAAAUAUAGGUAUUGAAAUUUGAAUCUAUUUUUUAAGUGCAUAAACAUUAUUUAAAUUAAGUUUUAGACUAACAUUUGAUUAUAUUGUAAUAUGUUUUUUGGUAUGUUCUUUGUUAAUUUGUAUUAUAUUUUAUAAUUAGAAAUAUUUACACCUUAUAAUACAAAUAUGUACAUUUCUAGUUGAUUUCUGGGUAUUUUUAAUAACAAUUUCAUACAUUUUGUAUUUUUGAAAUUUAUUACCUAUAAUAUAAUUGUACUGAAAUUAGUUAAAUUUUCUUUUUGAGAUAUUACAACUAAGCCAAAUUUUAAAAGUACUUCAAGUUACAUGUUAAUGUUCAUUAUAGAUUUUUAAAGUCACUUAGGUUAGUGUGGUUAGUUUAGAAUGUUAUAGUUUUAAAAUACGAGAAAAGUUACAAUACAAUUUUUUUACUGUGCUAAUACAAAUAAUGGGGGUUUCUAAAUGUCUGAUCCUAUGUCAAUACGACUUACAGUGUGUAAACAGCAACUAAACCAUUAAUCAUAUUGUUUUAAUAAGGAAAAAAAGUUGAAACAAAAAUUAUUGCAUUCAUUUCUUUGUUUCUGCUUAUGGUUGACGAGUUUUUGUAUUUCAUUAAUGUUGCAAAAUUGAUUUGAAAAAUUGUUUUAGACAUGAGUAGAAGGAGUUUAUUUCCAAUUGUAUUGCUAUGCUGUUUUCAUAUAAAAAUAAUUUGGUGUAACCAAUUAGCAUCAUGUUAUACUCAGCCUUCAGAAUUCUGUCCAGUACAAAAUAAAUGCAAGUGUGUGAAAACCCACGAGACAGCAUUAUUUUGCUGUCAGGUGCAGUCAAAUGAAGAUUUAUUAAGAAACUUUGAAUGUUCAGGUAAUAUUUAAUUAUAUUUAAUUAAUAACGCAUUUAAAAUAUUAAAUACGCCUAAGAUUUAAAAUUAUGAACUUAUUUUAUUAAUAAUAUUAAAUAUAAAUAUUUUUAGAUAAUACACAUAGUUUAUUAUAUUUAUAAGAGUGAUUCAUUAAAAUUAUAUUUACUCUAUAGUUAAAAGUGCAACAAUAACAUUAUAACUAUACAAUUAUUUUCUUGCUGGCAUUUUUAUUAUAUUUAUGUUAUCAUUAUGUUUGUACAUAUUUACACAAUAAAUACACAAUUCAUUAUACCAGGGGUGGCCAAACGGUCUUUCAGGAUCGAUCUGUAGAUCACGGAUUGUUGAAUGUCAAUCUCCUUUUGUUAGAACUUAUUUUUACAUAAUUAGUAGAUAAAUCAUAAUUGUUGAUUAUUUUUAUAUUAAUAUAUUAUUAUUUUGUUGUCAACUCAUCAAGCAAUACAAUUCAACAGAUUUUACACUAACAAAUGUAUUUCAGAUAUUAUUAUUUAUUAGCUUUACAUUUAUGUUUAUUAUUAUAUUAUAAUUAAUACCUAUUAGGUAAUUUAUGAUUAUACAUUUACAUUAGGAAGUCGAUCCUCAAAGGAAAAUUAUAUUCUUAGUAGAUCUCUACUAAUCAAAGUUUGGCCAUAUUUGCAUUAUACAGUGCGGUAAAACAUUUUUCUUAGUUUUAGAACAGGAAUAUAUAGUUAAACACUAAACACUAAUACUUAUGUAAAAUAAUAAAUUAUUGCUAAACAGGUAUCUUGUUUAUGUCAUAAUAUAUUGAUUACUAAAGUUGUAUACUUAUAGGUGCUAAAUUAUCAAAUAUCCAGGCCUUGCAUAUUUACAACAUGACUGCUGACCAAUUUAAUUUUGGGAAAUUAUCACCUGAAUUAAAUCGCCUGAUCUCAUUUUCAAUUACCAAUAGUUAUAUAAACCGACUUCUCGGGCGGUUAGAACAUACACAUCAAAUUGCCUGUCUGAAUUUGUCGAACAAUAUUUUUGGCACGGAAUGGCAAGAUCCAUUAGCAUUGGAAAACCUUAAACAGUUGGCUAUGUUAGAUUUUUCAUUUGUAAAUAUAUCAAUAUUGCCCAAUAUAAAAAUUGAAGUGCCAAUUUUUUGGCUGGAUGUCUCAAGUAUUUAAAUAUGAAACUACGUGAAAUAGAAUAUUAUUUAAUGAGUUUAUUGAUUAAUAAUUUUAGAUAACACAAAGAUCAGAUGUGAGAGUCUUCUAGACCUAAUGAAAAAAUCAGGCAAUUCUAAGUACAAAUUAAAUUUUGUUAAGCACAAUGAGACGUUUUGUAUGUCAUCGUUAUCAUUUCAUUGGUUUAACACUACAGAAAAAGUUGCGCUAAGGGAAGUAGAAGGUAUUAAGAAGGUAAAAUCUACACACACCUAUAUUACUUUUUUUGAUAAUGUUUUCUUUUUAAUUUUUAUACGAAAAAUGUCUUAUUCGUUAUGAUAAAGGUACUUAAAUGUAGGAUUAACAACUGUCAAUGAAGUGUUCCUAGUAAUAGUAUUAUUUUAUUGAGUAUGUAAAUUGUAAAUGAAGAUACAGUUUAACAUUUUAGAUUCAGAGUGAAAUGAGGAAUAUAUUGAUUUUAUAAUGAUAUUUACUAAUUUUUUAUUUUUUCUGUGAAUAGCUUUUCAACCAGAAAUUUUGCUCCGAUUUUCAAGUAAAGCAGCUUUUUUUUAAAAAAAAUAAUUAGUGGGAAAUAAUAAAUGGGAAAAAAUGAUUGAAAAACAGGAAAAUCUAUGAAAAUUAUUAUUUUUAAGUCAUAAAUAUUACAGGCUUUCAAAACAUGUAUAACCGAACUCGUUUUUCAUAAGCAUUAAUUAAUGUUUGCGUUCAGAUGUAUAUUACAUUUCCCCUGCACCUUUUUUUUAAGAAUUAAUAAUUAGCCAUUAAAAUUUCAAACAAGUAAAGUUAAAAAUGACUAUUAUUUCAAAUCAUAAUUUAUAUCACAGCUUAUUACUUUGCUGUCUUUCAAGUUAUUUGUCUUGCAUUUGUCUUGCAUUUGUCUAGUUAAAUACUAAAAGCUUUGUUAUAAUUACAAAACUUCGCACAAUUGAUGGGCCACUGUUGUGGGUGAGAAGUUGGGGAGGUAUUGAGGGAAAUUUAAUUUACAUCUGUAUGCAGCAAUUAAUCUUUGUUAACAAAAAACGAUUCUAAGGUAAGUUCAGUUACAUAUGUUUAAAAGAGCGUAAUAUUUACGAUUUUCAUCAAAAUUUGAUAUUAAAAUUCUUAUAAAAAAAAAAAUAUUACUUAAAACUCAACUUUUUUACGUUGACCACUAAGUACAACUUAUAAUAUACAUCCUGUUAAAUUGAUAAUGUUUGAAUUUUGUUUGGUCUAACAAUUUUAUCCACAGGGUAUCUAUCAAAUAAAUAUUACAUAAAAAACUCUUAAAAAUAAAAUGUCUAAUAGCUGAAGAACGAUUCAAAUGUUUUAAAAAUUUUACCACAUCUAUAAAAAUCAAAGAUAAGUAUCGUACUUAUCAUAAAUCUAAAUUUCAAGUCUCUAUGAAUAUUUUUAACUGAAUCACAACAAAAAAAAAUUUGAAAGUAAUACAUUUCUUAAAUUCUUAUGUUUUCUCACAUUUUUUUCUCAAUUAUUAUGAAAAACUGCUUGGAAAAUCAAAACAUAAUCUCCUUAAAGUACCACCCAGAUGAAAUUUCUUUUCAGAAAAAGUACUACACUUGAUACACUGGAGCAAGAUUUCUAGUAGAAAAGUUAUUUACAGAUAAAAAAAAAAAUUAAACAUCAUUGUUAAACCAAUAUAUUCAUACAUAAAAUACUCUAGACAUUUAUGUUUCAUUAAAUUUUAGGAAAUAUAUUUUGUUAAGUAUAAUUUAUUAGAUACAAUUUCUUAUUUUAUUAGUCUUUUCAAUAUUUAUAUUAACAGUUUCUGAAGUCUGUUAUUGUAGUAAUUCCUACUUAAUUUCUGUUAAUUAUAUAGCUACGUGAAGAUUGUCCAAUAAAUUGUACUUGUAAUUGGCAUGGCUUAGAUAUGGUGCAAGAUACAAUAACAUUGCAAACCAUACAAGUACAUUGUUCAAAUAAGCAGCUUUCAAAUUUACCAGAAAAUCUGCCUGAAAAUACGGUUUUAUUGAAUAUAACUAAUAAUAAUGUAAAACCUUAUAUAAUGCAAUUUAAAGUUUUAGACAAAUGUUCCUUAUAAAAUAUACAUAUUUUUAGAUCACUAGUAUUGAUGCAUUUGUAUCUGAUCCAACGUAUAAAACAUUGAGAUUUUUUUAUGCUGAUAAAAAUAACAUAUCAAAUCUUUUGUCAUUGGAAGGUUCACCUUUUAUAGAUAAUUACUCUGUGUUAAGUUUAAAGUUAAAUCAAUUGAAAUCAGUAAGUGAUUAUAAAUAAUUGUAUUUCAAUAUACUUAACCUAAAUAUGCAUAAAAUAGCAUUUUUUGAUUUUGUUUUAUUUUUUAGUUGCCUAUAUAUAUACUUCAAAAUUCAUUCACAAGAUUUGAGGCACACAAAGUAUAUUUGGGUGGAAAUGAACUUGAUUGUGACUGCAGUACUGCACAAUCAUUGAAGGUUUGAAACAACUGUACAAUUCUGUUACACAACUUUAUUAUGUUGUAUAAUAUACACUAUGUGCACUAUAUAUUUCUGUUUAUAAUAAUUAGACAAUUAACAAUACUUAACUCUAGAUAGUUGCAAUAGUAAUAAUUGUUAUUAUAAAAUGUGUUACAAUUUUGGAAAGAGUGUGAAAUUACAAAUCAUAAAUGAAAUUGUAGAAAUGUGUUAUUUUGAGAACUUCCCUAUAGUUUAUACCCACUGAAAAUAGGUAGUGCCCUGGAUAGUUUUAGCUAUUAUCAGUAACCUGAUCUUUUAAUCUUUUUCAGAUAUGGUUAUUAGCAAAUCAACGUCAUUUACCAGACUAUGAUGCAAUCUUGUGUAAAAAUUUUCCAUACAAAUUAAAAGUAAAUAUAUUUAUAAAUUAAAUACAUCUCAACAUUAAAAUUUCUUAAAGUUUAAAAACAAAAUAUAAAUAUUAGGUUACUACAUACUAUGUUAUUUUUAAGAUUAUUUAACGUAAAAAUUUAUUGAAUAUCAAUAAUAUGCCCAAAUAAUACUAUUCCCAGGUAUUAGAUUUAGAUCAAAAAUUAGUGUGCAUUACGGAGGCUGACUGGACUCAAUAUAUGUAUUAUGUCAUUGCUGCCGAGCUGUCAAUGCUUUUGCUGUUGAUUGGAAAAGUAUCUUACGAUUAUUGGGUGUUCAAAACGGCUGGAUAUUUGCCCUGGCCAGCAUCUAAAAUGCCAAAACUCCCAUGUGAUUGGGUAUUUGAAUAA